AUGGCGAAGCCUUUAGGUACCACCGGCGAGUUUUUCCGGCGAAGAGAUGAAUGGAGGAAGCAUCCGAUGCUAUCGAACCAAAUGAGACACGCUCUUCCCGGCCUUGGCAUCGGCGUCGCCGCCUUCUGCGUCUACCUUGUAGGAGAACAGAUCUACAGCAAAGCUUUGGCUCCUUCCAAAUCGUCUCACCACAACCAGAAACAGCCUGCUCCCUCUCACUAAAGAGCAUCGAUCUUCUACGAUUAGAUGAUCAAAACAUUGGCACGUGAUGAACUCAAGGCUUCUGCUCGGUUGCUAAAGCUUUCUUGAAUUUGUCUUUAAUAAUAUGUUUGUCGUAUUGAACAACAAAGAAUUUGAUUUUCUCUGUUGAAUUUUAAAUCUUGUUGGAUCAAACGCUAUCUUUGUAUACUAUUCACACUAAGUAUGUUUUUUUUCUUAACUAACAUUUGAAGGUC